CACAUCUUCUCGGGCAGGGUGAAAAAAGGAGGAAGAAAAUCUCAUUAUGGCACCAUCCGGAAGAAAGCAUGGAGGAAAAGCUGGUAAACCAGCACAGGAAGAUCAAGCCAUAGCUGCCUAUGACUUCCAGGAGGAAAGAAAAGAGCUGAGUGGAUCAGAGGAAGAUAUUAGAGAAGGCGACACACCAGUAAUGGACAAGCAUGGAAAGAAAAGACCUUUGGUAGCAACUCAUGUCGUUCCAGAUGAUGUGGGGGGCGAAGUACAGAAUAUGCUGGAAAGAUUUGGAGCUGACAUUAACAAGGCUCUCUUAGCUAAGAGGAAAAGAUUAGAAAUGUAUACAAAAGCCUCACUCAAAACCAGUAACCAGAAGAUUGAACAUGUUUGGAAAACACAGCAGGAGCAAAGGCAGAAGCUCAAUCAUGAGUUCUCCCAGCAGUUCCUGACUUUAUUUCAGCAAUGGGAUGUAGAUGUGCAGAAAGCAGAGGAGCAGGAAGAAAAACUAGUGAAUAUGUUUCGUCAGCAACAAAAAGUUUUCCAACAGGCAAGAAUAGUUCAAAGUCAGAGACUGAAAACCAUUAAGCAACUCUAUGAGCAAUUCUUAAAGAGCAUGGAAGAGCUGGAGAAGAGCAAUGAAAAUCUUCUAGUGGGUGCACAAAGUGAACUUCGCAAAGAAAUGGCUAUGUUGCAGAAGAAGAUUAUGAUGGACACUCAACAGCAGGAGAUGGCAACUGUUCGCAAGUCUCUUCAGUCCAUGUUAUUCUGAUGGCUCAGUGGAGAAACAACUUGUACCUAAGUAACAUGAUACAAGUAUAGGCAUUAGCCAUAGAGAAGUAUGUUCCAAUUUAAAUGUUAUAAAGUUCCUGUUAAACGCUUUCAUGGAUUGUUCUAAUCCUCUGUCUGAUAAUGUUG